AUGUCUACAGAACAACAAACGAAAAAGGGGCAACAAGCUUAUUCAAUAAAGCCAUCGACACGCAAUGCUAUUACAAAGCUGACAUAUUUCGAUCAAUACACUGCCCUUAGGAACCAUCGCAUGAGUUUUCAAGACGCAGUCGACAUCAACGCCGAGCGCGUGGACAAAGCAAGCCAACAAGACGUCAUUUUUGGUCGAGGAAAGAGCUUGCAAGAUCAUCCUGGCAAUCAACGCAUGCGGCAAAUCACAAACAAAUACAAUAACCUUUACCGCACACUUCCGAAAUCGCAAAAGCGGGACUUAGUGGAGACUGUGUACAAGGAAAUCGUAAACAACGGUGCCAGGUUCUUGACCAAGGCUCCCAACACAACGCAUUACCUUUUAGUCGACGUCGAGGUAGCACUUCAGAAGAUCAGCAACAGUCUACGUUGCAUGAAGAAGCACAAACGUCAGCUCCUUUUAGCUGCAAUGGAACGCCGAAACUCACCAAAAGCGGUGGUGUCCAAGGCUUUCAUGUCAACAGCAGCCUCUUCAUUGACACCUGAACCAACAUCAUCUCGGCAUCAAGUCACUCAUAGAUUUGAUGGUGAUCAACCGCCAUCAAAGAAAGUGCUGAAAGGGGUCAAUGCAGCGCGUCUUUUGUCGUCCAACCUGAUUCCAGGACCGCGAGACCUUGGUAUGUUGACGACUCUGCAGCAUUUGAAUCAAUACACUUAUCUUCGGUCGAUGAUAGGCGCUCGGAUGACAUCGUUUGUAGCAACUGGUAGAAGCAUCAGGCAACCAUCAUCAAAGUUGUCAAUGCCGACGAAACGAGCCCAAGGUUCGACGUCCAACCCCGGAUGA